GCAAAUCUCGUCUCCUUGGCCACCAACGCACUCGCAAUCAGCAGUCAAGCAAUCCCCACUCACAUCUCUCCACUUCCCGAAUCCUUUGUCCAGCUCGCCAUGGACGCCUCAGCCACCGUAGCCACCGGGAAGGGGAAGAAGGGCGUGGCCGGGCGCAAGGCGGGCGGCCCCAGGAAGAAGUCCGUGUCGCGGUCCGUCAAGGCCGGGCUCCAGUUCCCCGUCAGCCGCAUCGGGCGCUUCCUCAAGAAGGGCCGCUACGCGCAGCGCGUCGGCUCCGGCGCCCCCGUCUACCUCGCGGCCGUCCUCGAGUACCUCGCCGCCGAGCUGCUGGAGCUCGCGGGCAACGCCGCCAAGGACAACAAGAAGAGCCGGAUCAUCCCCCGCCACCUGCUGCUCGCCAUCAGGAACGACGAGGAGCUCGGCAAGCUGCUCGCCGGCAUCACCAUCGCGCACGGCGGCGUGAUUCCCAACAUCAACCCGGUGCUGCUCCCCAAGAAGACGGCCGAGAAGUCCCCCAAGGAGCCCAAGUCGCCCAAGAAGACCGCCAAGUCCCCCAAGAAGGCUUAGGUUCCUUGCGUAGUUAGGCUGUAGCUGGGGUGUAUGGAUGGGUGUGCUUGAGGAUACUUCAGUUCGAAGUAGACUGUUCUUGCUUUGUCGUUGUAUUUUCUGACCGUGAUUUCAAUGAAACAAUAAGUUGCUUUGAUA